AUGAGGUGUUGUGCACAUAUUGUUAAUCUUAUUGUGUGUGAGGGCUUAAAAGAUCAAAAUGAAUCAGUUGUUAAGAUUAGAAAUGCAGUGAGAUAUGUUAGGUCUUCUCCAUCUAGGCUUCAAACUUUUAAGAAUUGUGUAGAGCGUGAAGAAAUUCCUAGUAAAAGUCUAGUAUGCCUAGAUCUUCCAACUAGGUGGAAUUCGACCUAUAUGAUGUUGGAGGCAGCUGUAAAGUUCCAAAAUGCUUUUGAGCGGCUACAAGAGGAAGACUCACAAUUUGACUCAUAUUUCAAUGAUGAUGAUAAUGAUGAGAAUGAGGUUGGGGUUGAGGAUGAUAAUGGGAGAGGAAAAGGGAGGGGGAGAAAGAAUAUUGGGCCUCCUAAUGUGCUUGAUUGGGGAAAGGCUAGAAUCUUUGUGCAAUUUCUAAAACUUUUUUAUAAGGUGACUUUGCGAUUUUCAGGCUAUUUAUAUGUCACAUCUAAUGAAUUUUUCCAUGAACUUGUGUUAGUGCAAUCUAAAUUGUUGACUUUAAGUAGAAGUGAGGAUAAUAUGUUAAAGAAUAUGGCUGCUAGCAUGAGAAAGAAAUAUGACAAAUAUUGGGAGAAUAUUAAAAAUAUCAAUUUUUUGUUGUAUGUUGCUGUUGUGCUAGACCCUCGUUAUAAAUUGAGAUAUAUCAUGUUUUCCUUUAAACAAGUUUAUGAGAAAUCCAAGGCAGAAGAACUAACGGCAAUGGUGGAGGCAAAAUUAAAAAAAUUAUAUGAGCACUAUCUUCAAAAGGAUACUAGUGCUAAUAUUGCAAAACCUAGUGUAAGUCAAACUUUUGAAGAGAUGGAUGUUGAUGAUGAGGAGGAAGAUGAUAGCAAGUCAUUUUCCUUUCAAUAUAAGAAACACUUGGAGGAGGCAGAAAGUUUGGAGAAUAAAUCUGAAGUGGAUAGGUUUUUGACAGAAAAUUGUGAGGGUCUAGGCAAUGCCGAAUUUGAUAUUUUGGCAUGGUGGAAGCUUAAUAGCCACAAGUAUCAAAUUCUCUCUCAAAUAGCACGAGAUGUCUUGGCUGUUCCAGUCUCCACAGUGGCCUCUGAGUCAGCUUUUAGUACUGGUGGACGUGUACUUGAUCCAUUUCGAAGUUCUCUAACUCCAAAGAUGGUGGAGGCUCUUAUUUGUGGACAAAAUUGGUUGCGGUCUUCACCAAUUCCAAUCAACCUUCGAGAGGCUAUGGAUGACAUAGAAAAAUAUGAAGAAAUUAAGUCAGUUGAUUUUGAGGAACUUGGCUUAGGCAGGUUGCUACUUGCUUUGGAAGAGUUCAACUUAACUUUUGGAGUGGUACCAAGCUUGAAGUUGAUUGAUGAAGUCUAUUUUGUGAAGAACUUUUGUUAG